CUGGGGCUGGUGCAGGGCGAGGGCCUGGGGGCCAGGGGCCAGGAGCUGUCGGGCUGGGGCCGGGGCUUUGUCAGCAUGCAGCCGGGGCCGGUUCCGGACCCCGUGACCCAGCGGGAGAGGCAGAUGACGGUGGGGCCCUUCCGGGCCGUCCUCGAGUACCUGUACACCGGCCAGCUGGACCAGGGCCGGGCAGACCUCAUGCAGGUGGCCGUCAUAGCGGAGCUGCUGGAGGUCUUCGACCUGCGCAUGAUGGUGGCCAACGUGCUCAACAAGGAGAGUUUCAUGAACCAGGAGAUCACCAAAGCCUUCCACGUGCGCCGGGCCAACCGCAUCAAGGAGUGCCUCAGCAGGGGCGUCUUCGCGGGUAGGGGCGGGGCCUCGGCGGGGGCGUCUUCGCGG